AUGGAAACCAAAAGAUUACCAGAAAAAUAUAAAUCAAAACUUAAAGAUGCUGAACUAAAAUUUAUUGUUGGUGUUUCACAUUCAUUUAAUUUAUUAGACAAUGACGGUCUUUUGAAAUUAGUUCAAAUUGGUAUUGAAAUAGGUGUUAAUAUUGGUUUAGUAGAUGUCCAUAACAUUUUUUAUGGAAGGUCAACGAUUCAAGAAGAAGCAUUAUCGAAGUUUGAACAAUAUACUGAUCAAGUAUGUACUUUAUUGCAACAACCAAUUAAGCAACAUUGUGUUGCUGCAACAGCUGAUCUUUGGACUAAUGAUUUAAUGAAAAGAACUUGCUUUGAUUUUACAAUCUUCUUUAUUAAUGAUAUUUACGAAUUAAAACACGCAUUAUUACGAUGCAAACAAUUCGAAGGUGAAAAAUCUGGAAUUAAUAUUUGGUAUGAAAUUGAAGAGAUCUUCAAGUCAUUCAACAUAUCAUUUGGUGAUACACCUAUGACUAUCGAUCACAGAUCAAAUAUGAUUAAAGCUUUAAGUCUAACUGAUGAAGCAAGAUAUCCUUGUUUAACACACCGAACCAAUACUGUUUUAGGAACAGCAUCGGAAAAUGUAAAAACAUCCAAUAUUGAAUUUAAAGACCUCUGCACUGCAGUUGCGUUACUAUGAUAAAAAGUUUUUUCACUGAACAACAUUAUGAAAUCGCCGGUUUUUUGCCGGUCUAGAAAUUCUUUUUAGACCGGCCAGACCAGACCGGUCUAAUUUUUCUUGACCGGUUACAACUCUGACCUAGAUACAUCAUUACCUAUCUAACUAUUCAUUGAAACUCAUAGAGAAACAUGUUUCUUCUUGCUUCUCUUAGUUUGCCUUGCAUCUUUCUGAGUUUUCCUAACUAUGCAUCACAGGAUACAGUGACUAUACGAUUUCAAUAUGUAUGAGACUGAUUAGAAUUUGCUUCUUUGUUAGUACUUUUAGUUAUUUAAGAGAGCACCCAUUAGAUCACCGAGAAAUCGAAGCACUCGAUAAAAUUUAGUUUUUUGAUUUGAUAUUCUCAUCUUGUUCAGCAUCAUCUAAAACCUCUAAGGAGUGAGUGUGGGUGUGGGUGUGGGUGUGGGUGUGGGGUGUGGGUGUGGGUGUGGGUGAGGGUGUGGGGUGUGGGUGUGGGUGUGGGUGUGGGUGUGGGUGUGGGUGUGGACGUGGGUGUGGGUGUGGGGUGUGGAUGUUACUCUUGUUUUCAUACGUACACCCACAUCCACACCCACACCCACACCCACACCCACACCCACACCCACACCCCCCCCCCACCCCCCCCCCCCCCCACCCCCCCCCCCACCACCCCC